AGCAAUUUCUUUAGCCGAUAUAUAGCCGUCAGUAGCCAUGAGGUAGGAGGUGCAAAAAUUCGGUGGUGCAAGGUCACGACGCCGCAUUAGAAAAUUCUGCGCUGGCAAGGGCGCACAGAGCAAAAGGUUUUUCAUGCAAGCAUUGAAUAAAAAAAUGUCGGAACGGUCCAGAAGUUUCAUUCAUCCAGCUGGAAGAAACGUGGAGUUGUUCAACGAGAUGGUCUUUUCAGCGCUGCGAGCAAUGGCCUCCGUUCCAGAUGACUUCAUCAAUGAUGGCUGGGAUUUUUCAACUUUUCAGCAUGGAGGCGGCAAGGGCGGAAGUAUGAUGGCUUUUGUCGAAGACAAAUUCAUCAUCAAGGAGUUGAGCCCUGGCGACCACAAGAGCCUCCUUGAAUUAGCUCCUGCAUACGGGCGCCACGUAAACCGCGGAAUCACAACCUUGUUAUCGCCAAUUUAUUUACAUUUUAGAGACGAGGAAAGUGGAAAGUUCUACUUCGCCAUGAAGAACACAAUCGGAAAAGGACCAUUCAAGGUGUGCUAUGACCUAAAAGGUUGUGCCGAUGACAAACUGAUGGAGAAGAGUGGAGAAAGAGUCAAAGCCGUGCACAAGCGGAUAUGGAACGUUGGAAUGUGGUGUGGUCAAAGAAACUGGACAGAGGAACGCAAGCGUUACUACGCCGGAAAGCUGGAAGCGCGAUCUGUGCAGAUUGGCCUCCUGCAAGAGCAGCGACAAAAUCUUUUAGAUGCGCUGAAGCGGGACACAGACUUUCUUGCAGGUCACAAGCUGAUGGACUACAGUUUCCUUGUAGCGAUCAAGGAGUCUCCACCAGGCUCUACGUCGUCGAAUCACCUCCAACCAUUUAGGUAUUUGAGGUCAGAUGGCAAGGAGAUUGCGGUGUACGUCGCCAUCAUUGACUUUUUGCAAAUUUGGACGGCUGGCAAAAGGAUAGCAAGGUGCAUCAAAGUGUGCGAGCGCAAUAAGGCGACCAUACCACCCAAGUCCUAUGCUGGGCGCUUUGUGAAGCACUUCAGCGAGCACGUGAUCGAAGUGGAUGAGGAAGCAGCUCCUGACCCCUUGGACUCAGACUUCGUGGAGGUGCCUCUUGAGGUCCAGUCGAUCAGGGCACAGCGGACGCUUUACAACAACUCCAACAGGAGGAAGGGCAAAUGAUUGUGAUUCGACUCCAGCGUCUGCAAAGCAGUUGGAAGUCGAUUUCCAAUAGAUCCAUGUUUCACCAAUAAAUCUCCGAGGGCAACAACCCAGUAGAUCAUUGAAAUUCUUUCAUCAGAAACCGUUCAAAAUGUAA